AUGUCGCAAGAAGUCCAGGUGCCAGAAUUUAUCGCCGCCGAUCCUGAAUUAUGGUUUGCCAUGGCUGAAGCAAGUUUCUACAGCGCGGGGGUGACACAGGACCGAAUUAAAUUUGGCUAUAUCGUGGGUGCCCUACCAGCCAAGUAUGCAACUGAGGUGAGAUAUAUCAUCAUGAAUCCACCUACCGACGGGGCUUACCACAAGUUGAAGACGGAGCUGAUUAGACGUCUGUGUGCCACUCAAGAAGAGAAAAACCGACGCCUGGAGCGUGAAGAAAUAGGAGAUCGAAAGCCAUCGCAAUUUCUUCGCCAUCUACAGGGCCUUGCAGAUCCAACCAUUCCGGAGAGCCGGAUGAAAUCUCUAUGGAUGAAACGUCUGCCCAAGAGUGUCCAGGUGUCGUUGGCCAUCGUCAAAGACAUCAGUCUCCAAGACUUAGCAGUUCACGCAGACAAUAUAAUGGAAGCUUCCCGACCUCCCGUCCAAAAGCUAAACGAGACGGCGAGCAUAGAGGCCAUCAUCAGCGCUAAGUUCGCACAGAUCGCCCUAGGACUCAAUCAGGAAAUAGCAACCCUGAGAGCGGAGCUGGCAACCCACGCAGACCGAUCCCGGAGAAACAGAAGCGGAGAUCGUUCCCAGCACCGUCCAAGAAGCCACAGUCGAAGUCUACAGCCAUUCGACGGCAACUGCUGGUAUCAUUGGAGAUUUGGAGCCAAGUCUACUACGUGCAGAAAGCCCUGCAAAUACGCCUCGUGA